ACUCCCUAAAAAUCUGCAGCGAAACGGAUGUAGCACUGGCUUCAAGUGAAAUUAAUAAACAGUGUCGAGAUAAAGCAGCUGCAUAAGCAUUUCGUUAUUCGACAGCUGACAAUCAAAUACUAAAGUUGUAAUAUGGAUUUCCAUAGGGUGUUAUCGAUACAAAGUCAUGUCGUGUCUGGAUACGUUGGCAAUAAAAGUGCCUGCUUUCCACUUCAGGUUCUUGGAUUUGAAGUGGACACUAUCAAUUCAGUCCAGUUUUCCAAUCAUACGGGCUACAAAAAUAUAAAAGGUCAAGUUUUAAAUUCUGAUGAGUUGAACGAUCUCUAUCUUGGAUUAGCAUCUAAUAAUAUUAACAAUUAUUCACAUCUGUUAACUGGAUACGUGGGUUCGGUAUCUUUUUUAAAAAAGAUAUCUGAAUUAAUAAAAGACUUAAAAAAGACUAAUCCAGGGCUAAUUUACGUUUGUGAUCCGGUACUUGGUGAUCAAGGAAAGUUGUACGUUCCAAAAGAAUUAGUUCCCAUUUAUCGAGAAGAAAUAAUUCCGGAAGCGGAUGUCCUCACUCCGAAUGACUUUGAAGUCGAACUGUUAACCGGAAUAAAAGUACGAAACGACGCAGAUGCAAUAAAAGCUUUAGAUGAAAUUUUAGGACUUGGUGUGAAGAUUGCUAUAAUUAGUAGUGCUGUUCCUGAGAAUUCUGAUGUGAUGUACAGUUAUGUAAGCAGAGUUAUCGAUGGAAAGAAAGAAAGAUACAAGGUCAAGAUUCCCAUUCUUGACGAACAUUUUAUUGGUACAGGCGAUUUAUUUGCUGCCCUUAUGUUAGCUUGGCUUGUUAAGGAUCCAUUAAAAUUAGCUUUAGAGAAAGCCAUAUCAACUAUGCAAGCUGUGCUUAAAAGAACACUGAAACAUGCAAGAGACUUAUCAGGACCAGGAAAUAAGCCUAUUCCAGCUCAAAUAGAACUGCAGUUGAUUCAGAGUAAAAGAGAUAUCGAAAAUCCUGAAAUUUGCGUUACUGCUGUUCCCUUAGUUGUUUAGUUUGUUAAAUCUAAAAGUUUAGCGGACAAUGUUUACCAGAAAAAGUUGUUACUUCUUAAAAACUUCAGAAUUUUUUUUUUAGGAAAUAAACAUCGACAAGUUAAUUAU